AGAUGAGUUAGAUGAGAAUGAAUAAAAACAAACGAAUAUAAAACGAACGAAAAAUAAAACAAACAUCGAUUAAGGAUAAUAAUAAAAUCGACACCAUCGAACAAUAACAACAAUUUAUGGUUUACGUUUUGUCAACAUAUCAAAAUUCACUAAAUAAGACAAAUAAACAACAACGAAAAUGAUUAAAUUGAAAUCAUUGUUCCGUCGUGGACAAGGGACCUCGAGUUCCAAUUCCUCACAAAAUUCAACAUCGGCGCAUAAGCAACAGCAGCAGCAUUCCAACAAUAAUCGACAGAAAUCUCAAUCCAGUACAUCUUUAAAUACAGCACAUGAGCAACAUCAGCAGCAGCAACAGCAACAGCCGGCAACAACUGCAACAACCAAAUUUUAUUCAAAUAAUGAAGGUGGAACAGGUGCCACAUAUGAACGUGGAGUAGAUGUAGGCGAUGAAGAUGCCUUAUUGCUAACAAAUCAAUUGCAACAACGACGCCAGCAGCAACAACAACAACAGCAGCAACAGAGCAACACUCUGCCACAAAAGAAAUCCAAAUUGAAAGGACAAAAGCAACCAAAGCAAUUGCCACCCAUACAACAACAACAACCACCUGGCAAUGAUUUAAACGAACAACAAAUGACUUCCAUUGCCGCCGCACCACAUCAACCUCCACCAACAGUAACAUCAGCAGCAGCAGCAGCAGCAGCAGCAACAUCUAGUGUUAACAAUCGAAAUCUUAAUUUGAAUAACAACAGCGGCCACGCAUUGGCCGGCGUAAGUGCCGCCGCUGCUGCCGCUGAUUUCUAUCAGCAAUUGGCAGUAGCAGCAGCAGCGACAGCAUCAGCAACAGCGACACCAACAACAACACCUGGCAGUACUUCGUCAACAUUAACGAAUUCAUCAGCAACCACCGAUACCACCAUACAUCAAGCCUCAUCUGUUACAAAUCCAGCAGCGUCAGCAAAUGCAUUUCCGGCUGCCGCUGCUACUGUGGCUGUUGCAGCUGUUGCUGCCAGCAGUUAUCAGCAGCAACAACAACAACAACAACAGCAGCAGCAGCUUAUCAAUAAUGAACAACAACAAAAGCAACUUUUAGAGGCUAACAAUAAAAUGCAAGAACUGCAUAAGCAGGUGGAGCGUUUGGAAAGCGAACAUCUGCAGCUGGAGACACGCAUCACAGAGCUGUUGCCAUACCAAAGUGAAGUGGCCAAAUUGAAGGGCGAUUUGAUCAAGAUGCAGAAUCUACAGGAGAAAACACAAAUGGAAAUUGGCAAUUUGAAAUAUGAAAAUGAAUCUUUGCGCAAUCGUUUGCGGGACGUUGUUAAUUCACCAUUAUCAGAUGCGGAAAAGCAUCAGAUAAUACAAGAUUCCCAACGUUUGCAUAGCUCAGCUCCUGCCUCCAUAGCACUGCCUAGUGCAAUUGAAGGUAUACAUGAUAGUGGAACACCAUGCCUUACACCCGAUUGGGAUAAGCAUUCAUCAUCGAGUGAAAUAUCCGUAGCCUGUUUGCAGGAUAAAAUCAUACAAAUGGAGGAGACGCAUUACUCCACAAAUGAGGAAUUACAGGCCACUCUGCAAGAGUUGGCCGAUCUGCAAACGCAAUUGACCGAUACUCAAACCGAAAAUGAACGUCUGUCCGAGGAGAAGGAUGUGCUAUUUCAAUCGCUUUGCCGCCAAACCGAAAAGCUCAAUGAGUCACGUACACAAAUCACAACACUACAAGAGCUCUUGCUGCGUGAUACGAAACAGGCGGCUGAGGUCACCACCUCGGAGAGGGAGAAAAAGCUAUUGGAUUUGAUUAAGACGUCACAGGAGGAGCGUGAAGUGGUUCUGCUUAAGCAGGAGGAGCUCAAUUCAGAGCUAAGUGAAUUGCGUUCCGUGUGCGAUGCAGCGCAAUUGGAACAGCAGCGUCAGCGGGAACGUAUUGCUUUGCAGGACUCGCAGCUAGAUGCAUCGAAUGCCGAACGCAAGCAAGGAGAGUCUCAAUUGUCGCAGGCCAAAGAGGAAAUCUCACAGAGGGGUAUCGAAAUCAAUCGAUUAACCACUCUGCUGGAGAAUGCCCGAUCAAAGAUUGAGGAGCUCGAGGCGGAUUUGUCUCGUGGCGAUAAGACCGAUCUGAGUGAUGUUCUUGAUGCGGCACGACGUGAAAAAGAUACGCUGGAAGAACGGGUGGCCGAGCUGCAGGAUCAGUGUUCACGUGGCCAGGCCGAAUUGAGGCGUCUGCGGGAACAACUCGCCGGCCUCAGUGAGGAGUGCAAAGUGGCCAAAAAUAAUGCCAAAUGUGCCGUAUCCCAUUUGGAAUAUCGUCUCGAACAAUUGCAAAGCGACAAGGAUAAAGUGGCCAGCGAUUGUCAAUCGUUGGAGGAGCGUGUGGCCGAGCUUCAAGUGCAAUGCAAGUGUCAUCAGGAAGAUAAGGCCCAAUUGCAGCAGCUACUGAGCGAGACUCAACGACAUUUGGGCGAUAUUAAGCUCAAGUUUAGCGAUACGGAACAGCGGCUAGACAAGGAGACCCAGCUACGCCGCAAAGAGGCUGAGGAGUGGCAACAAUUUCAAUCGGAUCUACUAAUGACCGUCCGAGUUGCCAAUGAUUUCAAGACUGAGGCGCUUAGCGCUCGGGAGCAGCUGCUGCUCGAGAAUAAAACGCAGAAGGAGAAAAUACGAUUGCUGGAACAGCAAUUGGACAAACUGAACACUAAAAGCGCCGAGACCCAACAAUCGGUCAUUUCCACUGUUCAAUUGGAAAUGGCUUCGCGCCGUGGCAGUAAACACAAUUUCAAUCGUCAGGAUUCGCGUCUCUCGGUAAAAACGCUCAUCGAAAGCAUUGAAAAUAACAAGCCGCAGGGAAAAUCGUCGGACGAUGUUGAAUCAAGAUAUAGCUCAACUUCAAGCUUAAAUAGCGGCACUCCAGAGAUGGGUAAUACACCUAUUAUACUGCCUGCCUCCAGUGAUUGGCAUGAGAGCUUACGUUUACCCGUCCUUCAGAGCAGCAAUCUUCAUGUGAGUGUCAAUAAUACGGCAGCUAUUGUAGGUGGUGGUGGAGGAGGAGGAGGCGGCGGAGCUGUCAAUGCAACCAAAGUAACAUUGCCAUUGCGAGAGCAACAGCAACUGCCAGCAACAACAGGAUCAGCAGCUUCAACAUUACCACCAACCCCAGCCACACCGCCUCCAUCAAUGGUGGUGGUGCCAUCCAGUCUGACAACGCCAGUAAAAACGCCCAGCAAUAGUCAACUGGUGGGCAGCCUCAGCUUCGGCAAUGUCUCAAAAUCAUUUCUCACUGGCGAACGCAAGGAUCCUCUCAAUAUGUUAGCCAAAAAUGGUGGCUCUAAACGCAAUGCCUUACUUAAGUGGUGUCAAAAUAAAACCGUUGGCUAUCGCAACAUUGAUAUCACGAACUUUAGCUCAUCGUGGAACGAUGGUCUGGCAUUCUGUGCGAUUCUACAUUCCUAUUUACCAGAUCGCAUACCCUAUGAUACACUCAAUCCGACCAAUAAGCGUCGCAAUUUUUCAUUAGCCUUUGCGGCUGCCGAAUCAGUUGGCAUUGGCACCACCUUGAACAUCAACGAUAUGUGCCAGAUUGAGAGACCAGACUGGACACAGGUCAUGUCCUAUGUAACGGCUAUAUACAAAUACUUUGAGACCUAAAUAUACUAAAUGGAGAAAGUGAUUCUCCUGAUCUUCACAAAAAACAACAACAACAACAACAAAACUCCCAAUAUUAACCGUCUUUUGUAUAUUUAUUCUGCAUUUCUUUAUUUAUUUAAUACCUAAUAAUACACUGCAUGAGCUCACAGGCCGACAACUCCCUCAUAAAUGACUUAAAGUAUUGAAAAAUUUUGCAAAUUCUCUAAACUACAUUUAGUAAUUGUUUAAAUUUUGCUUUAAUUGCUUGUGACCAAAAUAAAAGUACUUUCUAUAUUA